GACAUACAUGGAUAGGAUGUGCAGCCAGCCCCGUAGGGGAGGGUGCGGAGUUAAGGGAGACGGAGGGCCAAAGCGGACGAGAGCAGAGGGGGGAAGGGGGAGAGGGCGGGUAUUGUAUAGGUAGCCGGGCAGUGAGGGAAGGCUCAAAGGGCGCCAGGCUGCGAUGAUAAAGAAGACUGGCAGCGGGCGGAUGACGGAGCGAAAGCAGGUGAAACCAAGGGCUUUGUCACCAGUGCGCGCACGAUCGAUUGAUUCGGGGUUCGGUGUUGGUGCGGGAGGGAGGGGUGGGCGCCAUGGGGGGGAGUCGUGGGUGGCUAUGACUAUGUGCCAUUCACCAGUUUGCGCGCCAGCAGGUCCCCGGCCAGAUCAGUCAGGUCAAGGCGUCGCAACCACCGUACCUAGUCCACCUAGUCCACGGCCGGGAGGCGACCAGGAGGAGGCGACGGGCGGCGGGCGGAAUUGCAGCCUUACCAUGGCGAGAGGCGACACGUCCAAUGAGGCGGGGAAGGGCGGGAGAUCCGGUUCUGGCCAUUUGGCAAUGAAACUGGGUUGACGGCUGUUGCGAGUCCGGAUGACGCGAAAGGAUGGGGGAUGACCUUGAUGGCGAUGGUGUGCGUGCGUGUGUGUGUGGGAGCAAUUGAUGACGGCGAAAGGAGGGUGAAAGUUCG